AAAACAUUUCAAACAAUAUGCUGACUAAUUCAUUUCUGUCUGUUCCUUUUUGGUCCAAAGGUACUGGAUGAGCAGAAAAGACCCCACCUGUGUGCAUUUGCAAUCAAAGAAAUACUAGCAGGAGAAGAAGUUGUUUAUGACUAUGGAGACUCUAACUGCUCAUGGCGACAGGUAUUUAUAUUUUUAUUUACAUCCAUUGUUUUUAUCCAUUGCAUGUUUUAUUAUAAGCCAUUAGUCUCAAGGAUUACACCAUUGUCAUCUCUUAACAUUAGUGAUAUUGUAAAUGUGUUUUGGAAACUGGUAUAAAUGUAUUUAUUAAAUACAUUGAAACACUUAAAAUGCUUUCUAAAGCUUAUCAAUGAGUAAAAUAAAACUUACAUAUUUUAAUUUCAUACUGUAAAUGUCUUUUUUCUUCUUCUUCUUUUUUUUUUUAGAAAACCUCUGUGUCUCCUUGUAGUGAGCACAUGGAAAAGAAGGUGAAGCUAUGUGGAGGUUUUUUGCCUCCAUGUCUAUACACAGAAAAAAAAUCCUAUUAUGUUUAAACAAUUGUAUGCUUUUCAUAUUCUCAUGUUUUUCUAUUGUUCGAUUGUUUCUUUAAUUUUUAAGGAAUCCCGUUGGAGGAGAUUUCUCGAAAUUUUUGACUCUGAGCCUGGUGUGGUGAAAAUUGAUGGCCUUGUAUUCAACCAAAAACAGAAGAUUGCAAAUGGAUGCAAUGCAGCAGAAGUGUUUCCAGGAGUCUUUCACAACUGCCUUGUGGCAGUUAAACGAGUUGCUAAACACGUUUGUGAAAAGGAAUUGGAAAUAGCAAAUUUUCUUUGUUCAGAAAAGUUACAAACUGAACAUCUGUUGCAGCCCCUUACUGUGUUGGAAGACACAUAUUUUGUCUACUUCGUCUCCCAUCUCUGCGAAUAUAAUCUCAUGGAACUGAUUGAAACUAAAGAUUUUCCUGAGAGACAAAACUUGACAGAGCAGCGAAGACUACAGAUCUGCCAAGAGUUAUUGCUGGGACUUGAGGAACUGCACUCGCAUGGAAUUUUGCACAGAGAUUUGAAGCCUGAAAACAUCUUGUUUGAUAUCAACAAUAAACUUUACAUUGGAGACUUUGGAGCAAGCAGGAAACUGGAUCUUGCACAGACAACGUUGUUUUCACAAAUGGCUGGAUCCUUUUCCUGGUCCAGUUAUGAGGAUGUUGGAGGUCUAAAGUAUAGAUACAAGAAGGAAUCAGAUAUCCAAGUAGCUGGUUGCUUGCUGCAUUACAUCUUGACCGAUGGACAACAUCCCUUUCAAAGUAGAUUACCCUACUCUGACGAUCCCAUUGGACUAUCUCAAAAUGUCAGAAUGGGCAACUUCACUCUUCAAUUUGAGGAAAAAUGGAGCAGCCAAAAAGGUAUUAUUACCAGGAUGCUAAGUAGGUCACUUGAAGAACGUCCCACCAUCGAAGAAUGUCUUAAGGCUGUCACGUGUUUGACACAUCGGUCUGCUGGUACUGGAACAAUGAACAAGGCUGAGAAUGAGAAUCAAAAUAAAAUUGGAACCCAUACAGCAAAUUGCUGUCCUCAGAAAACAGAUGAGAUAGACAUUGAUGAGGAUAAUGUCAGUGAUCAACCUGAGAUUACUGGAAGUAACCUGUUGACUUCAUCUUCUGUCUCAGGGGAGGACUUUUCUGAGUGUGAAAUGGUAAUUAAUGGUUUGAAUAUCUAAACAGUGGUGAAGAAUAUAUUAACUGUGAAAUGUUGAUGCAUGUAUUAUCAUUUUAUUAUUUGCAAAAUAAUACUUUUUUCCCCCCAGACCACCAAGGAACAGGUUGCCUUUUCUCUGCAAAUGUCAGAUGAAGAAGUAGAAGACGAUAAACAAUCAGAAGAACAAAUGAAAGGAAAGGAAGUCAUCUCUGGAAAACCACCGUAUAAAAUCAAACAGUCUUCACACGACUCUCAACAACAUAACGUCACAGUAAAAAUGUCUUCAAACACUGCACACCAACGUGUCUACGAUAAGAAGAAUUAUUGCCUUUAC